CUGCUGUUACUAACAGGUCGCUAUGUUAUGAUUCCAAGUCGAAUUGUGUAUGUGAAGGUGGUUCUUUGAGGUUUAAUUAAUAAUUUCUCUCAGCUUUUUUUUUUAUUUUUUCUUUAAAGCUUGACAAUUUUUUUUUUUCAAAUCAAAAGAACGCAUUAAAAAUGCCUUGAAAGAUGCACAAUAUAUUUGGCCAACCGUCCCCCGUUACGGUUUUGGCUCUUUAUUGGAACAAACCAAGUUGACGUCUUUCACACAUUCGCCUCAAAACACCCAAACAUUAGGUAGCCAAAGUGGUGCGCUCUCGCUUCCACCACCAGCAUAAGGUAUUCGAGCAUGGUUAAGAGAAAGAGCAAGAGAGAUAGAGAGCGAGAGAGCACACACCGCCACCACCAGAACCAUUCAUUUUCGAAUGAAUGACGUAGAUGGGUGUAUUUGUGAAAUCGUGACGAAACUAACAGGCAGCUCGCCAGGUUUUCGCGUAGCUGCGAUUUUUCCUCUAAUUUCGUUUAUUUUAAGUUAGUAUUUCGGUUCGGUACUAGUUAAGUUUUGUUCCUUAGUUCGUGGAGUUUAGUUUACACUAGUUGGUGUUUCGUUUCCGGCGCGUACAAGCGGCGAAAAUCGCCUGCGAAAAAAUCGUCGUGGGAUCCUCAGCAAACUGCUGCGUGAAGAAGAGAGUUGGGCCAAAGAAUUCAGGACACCCAGCGCAGACAGAGAGGCCCAUAUAAGGCAGGCAGAGUAAGCAGAGCAGAGCGACCGUCAACAUCAGCAGUGUGUGGAUAGAGAGGGCGACUGUGGAAAAAUGUUGGGCGUACGCCAGGGAUGGUGUGUUGGUGAGAAUGGAACUACAAAAUGAUGAUGGUAGCGGUUCAGCCCUUUGCCUGCUAAGGUGUAUUACAACGCUCGUAAAUGAUGACUUGUCGUGAUUACGACCCGAUGGGAAAAUGAAACAUCAAUGAUACACCUACUUUGACGUCGCGAAAACAACACAAAAAAGCACAACAUUCCACCGACGUGAGACUGGGGAGCUGCUGCUGGAGGAAUUUUUUGAAAAACAGUACGAUAAUUGUGUGCAGCGCCAACUGUGAUUCACCCAGCCACUUGGAAGUGGCUCAACGUUCUAGCCAGUCUGGAUUUAAUCAGCGUAUGGUGACAACAGCCGAUAUUCAUUAGUUCGCUGCUGCUGCUACGUCGAAAGGAAAGCGAGCUGAAUCAUUACACAGGCUAACCACAGCUGGGCGCAGCAGUGGAGGAUGGCCUUUUGACCUCGGUCAAUUUAGGAGUGAUAAGCUCUGCGCCAACGGCCAAAAGGAAAACGAAGCAACAGUUUGCAACUGUAGCGUAGCGUGUGUGGGGUAUAAUAAUAACAGAAACAAAAUGAGUAUGUGUGUGGAAAUAAUAAUACAAGGCUUAUCUAAUCUGGCAAAACAGUGAAUCGGUUGACUGCCAUCCGCCAGUCGGACCCACAGUUGGCCCAAGUGUUCAGAAGAAGAAACGUGCUGUCGCGUCCAUGUGUAAAUGUACUUGAACAAAGGCUUUCUAGUUCGGUUGGAACGUCGUGUGCGAGUACAAUAUGUGGUUGUGGUUCGCUUCGAGCUGUUAUGAGAAGUGAGAGCGCGAAUUGCAUUAAUUAUAAUCAGUAAAACCUCAAUGGAAGGUCUUUUCUUGUGUGGCGGCGGCGACGGCAGCAGCAGACUGACAGUCGAUCAAUGACGGUGAUGAUUCAUGAGGGCGAUCACAGCAUAGCGCACUUGUAGAAGCACUACCGUACUGGUAUAUAGGAGAAAGGCAAAUCUAGGAUCGAGAUCGAAAGGAAACAUGGGUGAUGCUAAGGUGAAGCAACCCUACUUUGGAACUCCGCCUCAUCAACAGGCGACUACAUCGAAGGCCGGCUUAGUGGUAUCACCAACCACCAUGAUUGAUACGCUGAAACCCAGUGGGAAGGACGAUGCAGCUUCCAAAAGUCCUACGAAAUAUGAACUCCUCAAGGCGCGCAAAGCCGAGCUCGAGAAACGACUCAACGAGAAGUAUGCGCAACUACAGCAAAUCAAGCGAGAAGAGGCUCAGCUUAUUGGCAUGUAUCCGAGCGAUUUCAGUUCCGGUGUUGGAAGUCAAGAUCAGAACGGAGCGGCACCGACGUUGAGGCGGAAGAUUGGUACAAGCUUUAAACUACCGGAGAACCUUUUGAACAACAAAGAAGACGACAUUAACAAGCUGUUGCUGGAAAAGCAAAUCCAGCAGCAGAUAUCGGAAGCUUCGUUGAGGUUUGCUAACGAUACGUCGCAGCCAAAAUCGGUACGAAGGACACACAAGCAAAACUAUGAAUCUGCUCAGCAAAAGUUGCUGGCUAUGAAUCAAAACUUGAGUCUUUUGAAAAAGCGCCAACAACAGCAAGCCGAACAGCAGAAACCUCCGCCUGCAACCAGAGAUGACAUCGACCUCCACAAAAACAGUAAUGCGAAUCGUUUCCGGUCAAACAGCAACAGUAUGAUGCUAAACAUGUCGGAACGACGGAAUUCGAUCAAAUCGAACAAUUCCUCGAAUCACUCCAGUAACCUUAUCGCACCGGGUGGACCAAUGCAGAAGCAGCAACAGCUGCUUGUACAAAUCCCACCUCAACAUUCGGCUCACUACCAUUCACAGCAGAUCUCACCGUACUCCAUACAUUCGGGAACCCUCUCGGUAAUGCCAUCCGGUUCGCAGAGUAUGACUCCUGCAGCAUCGGCCGCGAUGGUGUCCCAGCUGAGCAUGCUACGGCAUCGAUCUCGAUGUGACAGCUUCAGCGGUAUCAUGAGCUACGAUCUUUCCGGAGCAGCGAUUGAUCCCGCAAAAAUGUCUCCUGUCAGUAGCAACAGCAGUCAUCAUCACCAUCAGCACCCGCAUCAACACUAUCAACCGCAGCAACAACCGCAACCUCAAAGUGGAGCUAAUCGCUUGAACAAGUUGAUGCAGCAACAGCAGAUGCAGAGCUACAGCCCUCCGCCGGGACAUCACCAGCAUGGAAGCAGUCCCGGAUACGUACUAUCGCCCCCGGCAAGUGCUUCGUCAAACACCGUUGGACAAGCGUUCGUAUAUGAUACGAAAAUGAUUUCACGAUUCCAAGCUCCUCCUCCUCCUCCGGCUCCUGCAUCAACUGGCCAAGGUGUCCAGAACGAUCAGGGUUAUGGAUCCAGCAUACCUCCGAAUAGCAAUAGCUACGAUUCCCAGCAAGAAAUGAUGACGUCCGGUCUUGGUGGCUACUGGAUGAUGCUUGAAACGGGAGAAAAGGUUUGGUGUUCGGUGGAUUCACGAUUCUCCAGUUUAGAUCGGAAGCAGGGUGGUGGCAGCAUGAAGAUAUCUCGUUCCAAGCUUAGCCAGUAUCCCCACGCAGCUCCUAUCAAGAGCAAUUCGAUGGGAAACUUUGAUUUUAUCAACAAACAGCAACAGCAGCAGCUGGAAGACUCGAUACAACCCGACGCAAUAUCGGUUACUUCAGCUUCCAGUGAGAACAAGAAACGGGAAAAGGUCUGGAGAGAAACAUCGUUAGACAGUCCGGUUGUGAAGCACAGGACGGUUCCAUCUCCAUCCCCUGGGAUGAUGUCGAAUCCACCUCCGCUUCCGGCGUAUCCUCAACCUCCACCACCACCUCCUUCUUCACAACAUGUGCAGCAACAAGCUCACCUACAAACUCCUCUACACGUCAAUACCAGUCACAAUUACGGUGUAUCGCCAUCGUCACCCCUCCUCUUAUCACCUCAACAAAUGCGAUACUACCAUCAGCGACAAGAACAACAACGUCAAAGAAUUAAACAACUAGAAGAACAGAAGCAACAUGCUUACAUGCUCGAACAGCAGCAACAACAACAUCAGCGGCUCUUACAGCAGAAGCAUCUUCGUUCUCCGCCACAAUUGCCAAAGCAUCAGCACAACAACUACAGUCAACAGUCGCAACCGGCAAGCCAGCAACAUUUGGACCUGCUGCCUCAAUCUCCUCGGUUCUACGACCACGAGAACCACAAUCUACCACCGCACUACUACCAAUCCCAGGAACAUCCGUCGCAGAACAACCUCUCCGCACGGCAUCCCGAUCUCCUCAUAUCGCCCACACUCUCAGCGUCCUCAUCCAACACGUUAACGUCGCCAACGUUACGGCCAUAUUCAUCCGUUUCCCCAACCCCCUCGACCAUCACCACGACCUCGACGGCAGCGAUCAUCCACGCGACGCCGGACAUCCAAACGGAAUCACCCAAAAACGUAACCAUUGUGCAGCAGGGUAAAAUCAUGCCGUACAAGGAAGUUACCAAGCCCUUUGAGAUGUCCGACUUUUACAAGUACUCUACCAAGUUUAAAGAGAAGAAGCAACAGCAGCAGCAGCAGCAGCACCACCAGCAGGGUCAGCAUCACCAGAUGCACCAGCACCAGUUUCAUCACCCGCAACAACAACAGCAACAACAACUGGCUGAUCAGCUGAGUCCCAACGGGAACAGCAUGGGUCCCAACGGAGAGCUGAUGCAGCGAGCGGUCUAUCAGCCACCCAAUCCUUCCAUUUGUAGGCCCAUCAACUACAACUGAGUGUGUUUGGUGGGUGAGAUCGGAUAGUCAGCGUAGAUUUUCUCGUGGAAAAUGGACACGUUAGACUAGGAUUUUGAACUUUUUAGUAAGACAUUCCACCAUUAUCAUCAUCUUGAUCACUUGAUCGUACUUUCUUCCUCCUACGCUCAUACUAGAGCGAAAAAAUACUCUGAAAUUCUGAUCAAAGCUUAAAACAUGUGUGUUAAAACCAUUUUACUCCGAGUUUCAAACCGGAGCGCAUUGGAUGAGAGUCUAACCCUUUACCACUGCGCUGCGCGAUCUUGUUGGUAGCGGAGAGGCAGAACGCAAUCACCGUUGUACUCUGUAAGGUUGGCGAACGAAGUUUAUCAUUGCUUUGCAGUAUAGCUGUCAACGGAUGUCAGUAGUUUUGCCAUCACUGAAUAGAAGUGGAGUUUAGUUUGAGUGUAUUUUUUUUUCCUUUUUUGGUAAUGACUUAACAUUUUCAAGAAACAGAAUCAAACAUUUGUCACAAGUUGUUAAAGAUUGGCACUCUGUUUUUUUCAUGUUUACUAUUUUUUUAAUUUCAAGACUUUCACUGUCUUUCACCGACCACAAGUACAUAAACACAAACAAGGUUUAUUGAAAAAUACUGUAGAAUAAAUAUCAAUCAAAACAUAUGUGCGUGAAAGUGUAUGCUAAUUAAUACUGGUAGUCUGCGCAGCUAAAGCGAUACUGAUGUGUUGUGUAUUAAACAACUUUGCAUGAAUAAACAGAGUCAUUAAAAAGAGCAAAGAAUGCGCCCAACAACACACCCAAGCGAGCGAAGAAGAGGAGUCGUUGAUGAUAAAGCAGAAAAACUGAUCACGGAUGAUGAUAAUGAUGGUCGAUGUCGAUGAUGAUACGUACUGCUGGUGGAAUGAUUCUCACUUGCGUUUGCGAAGAGCAGCAGCAGCAGCAACAACAGUUCGUUAUGGGUGUACCCCAUUUGGCAUAAUGGACAUUUGGCAUAACGGGUUUUCAAGAUGGACGUUUGGCAUAAUGGACGUUUGGCAUAAUUGGUCCAAGACAUCAGGGACGUUUGGCAUAAUGGACAUUUGGCAUAAUGGACGUUUGGCAUAAUUCGUUCAAAAACCAUCAAGGACGUUUGGCAUAAUGGACGUUUGGCAUAAUUAUUACUAGCUUGUUUUUUUUUUGUUAAGUAUUUGUCAUUUUCACGAACGAAAAUGUAUAUUUUUUACCUUUUUAUAUUACUUUAAAAGAUUAUCAUUUUUUCUAUAAAAAAUUAGGUAUCUCUAUAUUUUUUCCCCAAUAGUCAAUUCUUUCCUUUUUGAAUAAUUCACAAUAAAUCUUUUCAAUGAAAUUUUGAUAUUUUUAUUAAAAAAUUAAUAUAAAGAAGAAAAUAUCUCUUGUUUGCUUAAGAUUUUUCCCCUUUCAAUAUAAUUAGCAGUAAUUUUUAAAUGAAAUUUUCCCUUUUAUAUGAAAUUCAUGAUGAGAAAAACCACUUCAAAUUUUCGACAAUUGAGCUUUUAUAAUGCAAUUUUCCCUUCUUUUGAUCAAAAUUUUACUUGAAGAAGGAAAUCUCUAAAUAAAUUCACAUUUUUCCCUUCUUUUUCGAAUUUAAUCUAAAGAAACCCCAGAACUGGGCAGCACUCAUCCGACACGAGACUAGCGGAAAGAUUCACAGACACAGAGAACACAGUUCUAGAUGACCGAGAGAAUUAUGCCCUCGAGUCCAUUUUCAAGAAAAAGUUCAUCCUUCAAAACAAAAAGUGUUCUCUACGGGAACUGAACCAGAGACCUUUAAUAGACUAACUCAAUGACUAAACUGCCUUGGCCACAGCAGCUUGGUGACACAAGAGUAGUCAGAUUUCGAUGUAUGACUCUUGUUGCAGAUUUACUGUUUCAAUUAAUUAAUUAAAUUAAUUGUUUUGCAGGUGUGAGUUGGUACCAUUAUUCUAUCGAGUUUAGCAUUGAGCUCUCUAUAAAUUUUGAUGGAAUUAUACUCUCGAUCCUGUAUUUUGGGUGAAUGGAUGUCGAUGUUGCUUUUCUUUAAAUAUUUUGCAAUUAAGUUUUUUUAUUCAAUUUUCCCAUCAUUUUUUUAUAUUUAACUUGAAGAAGGGAAAUUCUCUUAUAGAUGUUGUCUUUAAACAUUUAUAUAAUUUAUGCACAUUUUUUCUCUGUUGGUUUAAUUUUUGCAAUAAAGAUGUUUAUGGAAUUUUCCCUUCUUUUAUUUAUUCAAUACUAAUCUUAAAGAAGGGACAACUGCCCAAAAAAAUAAAUAAAUGCUGAAUAAAUGUUAUUUUUAAGAGCGGUAGGUGAAAAACAUAAAAAUUUUGCGAUAGUCAAACAUUUAAAGAGUGUCAAAAUGUGAAUCUUUAAAUUUACUUUUCCUUCCAUAAGUUGAAUUUUAUAUAAAUAAAUAUAAAUGUUAUAAAAAAUUUCAUAAUCGAAGUUAAUUGUCAAAUAUUCAAAAAGUAUUGUUUUUAGAGAUUUUCCCUUCUAAAAGUUGAAUUUAAAAUAAAAGAAGGGAAAAUUUCAUAACUCAUUUGUCAAAUAUUUAAAGAAAGAAAAAAUGUACAUCCCUUAUUAAGGAUGAAUAUUAAAGAAGAAAAAAUUGCAUAAAAACAAUGAUUGCAAAAUUUUGAAAAAAACAAACUGCACAUUUUUGAGAGAUUUCACCUUAUUUUAGCUUUAAAAUGAAAGAAGAGCAAAUUGCUUUAAAAAAAUUAAAUGCAUUUCGUUAAAGAAGAGCAAAAUGUACAUAAAUUCUUUAGUUUGAAUUUGAAAAAGGAGGGAAAAGGGUAAACAGUAUAAAAUCUUUAUUGCUAAAUUUCAAAGACUGGCAAAACUUACAUCACUUUGUUAGGUUGAAUUUAAAAUAAAAGAAGGAAUAAUUGAAUACAAAAAAUUAGCUGCAAAAUAUUUCAAAAGAAGACAAAUCUCAAUAUUAUAUAUUUAUGAAAAAAAUGCAUUUUAUAUUUAUGAAAAAUUGCAUUUUCAAGCUUUAUUAAGAAAAAAAAGGAAAAAAAUACAUCUAUUGGGAGAAAAUGACAAAGAUACUAGAUUUCUUGAAAACAAAAAUCAUUUUUAAAGUAAAGUUAUCUGCUUAGAAAAAAGGAAAAAAAAUAUUGCGCAAUUCUCACUAACUUGGACUUCGCACUAAAUUAUUGCUAUCGAUCGCACUAUUGCGACUUGUCAAACUGGCUUGGGAAAUUAUAAUUUUCUCAAAAAAUGAUCAAAGCGAGCCGAUGUUGCUCACCUGUCAAUCGCAAUUUUAAAGUGCGAAUGGCCAGUUUGGUGGAAACAGCGAUUAGAAAUGUAAAUAAACAACUGCUGGUUGCCUAGUUUUAGGAAAUUUUGUUGUCAAAAGUGCGAGAGAAAAGUGCGGGCCAAAUCCAAGUUACAGUGCAAGGAUCAAUAGCUAGCAAAAAUUAUGCCAAACGUCCAUUAUGCCAAACGUCCUUGAUGGGUUUUGAACGAAUUAUGCCAAACGUCCAUUAUGCCAAAUGUCCAUUAUGCCAAACGUCCCUGAUGUCUUGGACCAAUUAUGCCAAACGUCCAUUAUGCCAAACGUCCAUCUUGAAAACCCGUUAUGCCAAAUGUCCAUUAUGCCAAAUGGGGUACACCCGUUCGUUAUAAAGCCCCACUCUGGUGUAAUGCAAGCUUAAAGAGAUUGCAGGUAAACAAAAUUGUUUAUGUUUAACAUAAAAGAAGAGAUAAAGAGAAUAAAAAAACGUUAUUACAGUUACGGUGCCUUCGUUGUGAAAGAGAGAGAGAUAGUUCGAUUUCGAGCUAUAAAAGCAGAUAAACAAAUACAAAUUGUUGUGUAAACAGUAGGAUGUAACAAAAAUGACUUUUUGGCGGGCAUUCAAGGGUUUGUUCCGGUGGGCAUACUAAGCCCAAAUCCAAAAUAUGAGCUUGAUUGGACGUAACAGGAGCUGGCGCUCCGCCCUUCAAUUUUAAAUGGGAUUUAACCCGUAAAAAAAGAUUUUUUCAAAAAUGUCACUUUUUGAGGCAUUUUGGCCACUGAAGCGUUUAUUUUCAACAUCUUUGGCGUUUAGGCUAGAUCCUUGCGCAUCUUUUGGUAUAUAUAACAUUGAAAUUUAGAGCACCCUGGAGCUCGGUACAGACCUUCAAAGUUUGGCAUUUUUUCGAAAAAUCGGUCCCGGCAAAAAAGAUAUGCGUCGCGGCUCGCGACGCCCUAGACGCCAUUUGAUUUUGCCGGGGCCGAUUUUUCGAAAAAAUGCCAAACUUUGAAGGUCUGUACCGAGCUUCAGGGUGCUCCAAAUUUCAAUGUUAUAUAUACCAAAAGAUGCGCAAGGAUCUGGCCUAAACGCCAAUGAUGUUGAAAAUAAACGCUUCAGUAGCCAAAAUGCCUCAAAAAGUGACAUUUUUCAAAAAAUCUUUUUUUUGCGGGUUAAAUCCCAUUUAAAAUUGAAGGGCGGAGCGCCAGCUCUUGUUACGUCCAAUCAAGCUCAUAUUUUGGAUUUGGGCUUAGUAUGCCCACCGGAACAAACCCUUGAAUGCCCGCCAAAAAGUCUUUUUUGUUACACUCUAGUAAACAGUGUAAUGCUUGAAUAGGAAUGAUCUUAACCCGAAAAAAAAAACAAAAUGGUUACAAGACAUUUUAGUGAUAUUUUUGAAUACACAUAGACAAAUUACGUACGGUAAAAUUUGCAAACCCUUCCAACAGAACACUUACAGAUUUUUUUUCUGACAGAGUUUGUCGAGAAUAAUAAGACUUAAUCACGUAGCAGCUGGAAUAGCAAGUAUGAUCAAAUGCAUUUAAUUAAAAAAAGAAAAUCGAACAAGCGAAACCAACCAACUCCUAUGAACUGUAGAAUCAACAAGACUGUUAGCUCACACGAUGUAAUUGAGGAUUCCGAUUUCGAGCUUUUUUGUCGAAAGGAACCGCCUUAGGCUAAAGGUUACACACACACAACGGUUACUAUGCGUGCAUAUUCCUGUUUGAGGCCUUUAUAUAAAUAGUUUAACAAAUAGUGAUGUAUGGUAAAGCCUUCGGAACACGCAAUGCAAAUUGGCGAUCAAGUAAAUGAAUCAAAAAGUACCUUGAUAAAUUGUAGAUUGUUAGCUUGUAGGAACUGCUUAGUGUAGCAUUUAUAAUUAAAACUUUUUCAAAUCUGCCAGGAUACGAAAAACUUGUAAAACACGAUUUAUUUCUAUGAAGCAAUGAACAAAACGAAAAAAAAAACAAAAGAGAAGAAAACAAAAGGAUCACAUCAAAUUUGCUGAAUUUCGUUUUUUUACGUUUGUACUUUAAGAUGUAAUAACUAGUUGUAAAUACAUUAUAUACUCUGUACUGGUUAAUUCGUUUUAAGAAACUUUCAAGAAGUAGAAGAAAAAACACAGGGAAAGUUUUUUUUAUAUCCACUUUAUAUAUCGCCUUUUGUAAGUGAGUCGGUUUAGAACAAAUAAAAGUAAAUAUUUGAAUAAAACAAAAAA